GAUUAUCGGUGUAAAUUUUUCUUAUGUGCCAUCAGGGAUUUCCUCUAUUUUCUUUUUCUAUUUCUUCCCUCAAAACAUUCCUCAUGUCAAUAUAAAAUAACAUCAAAUAACACAUUUUCUUUCCCCUAGGCUUUAAGGUACCGACAUCACAGAUUUUGAUUUGAAGCACGGAGGGCAAAUGUGAAAGGAAAGCUUCUUCCAGGUAGUAGUUUCUUGUCAGCCGUCAACAGAGAGCAGAUCAGACAUUAUUUCAUUGGAGAGCAAAAACAUUACCAUGACUAAAUACAUUUUUCCGAUUCUGUACCUAAAUCUGGGCGGAGAGAUGUGCAAUAUUAUCAAACUGAGACUCCAUCAGCAAUCCAUUCAACCAGAAAAGGCGUUUCCCUCAUGAAGGUUAACCAAGAGAGCAUGGAGAAGCUUCUUGAAUUGAUGUUCAUCUCUGUGAAACUUCAGUUCAUUCAUUGCAAGGACCACACACUUCUUUGGACCUCCGCCUUGAAUCGCUUCGAUUCGUUGUUAAAAUUUUCGUCCUCACCAGAGACCAAAGAAAGCAUUUCAUAUGCCUUGAAACAAUAUGAAGAGCAUUUUUCGAAACUCUCCCAAGGGAAAGUUCACGCUAUUCGGGUGGGGAUUCUGAAUCUUCUAUUGGAUCUUCGAUUUAAAGUAUCCACGUUCCAACGACUGGAGCUGCAAAAUAGCGACGGAGAUUUCAUUUUACGUCCUUAUAAUCAUCAAUGCUCAGGCGGAUCAAUUGGACAAAUCAAUUAUUUUGACUGGAAUGGAGAAUUCACGGAUGGUCAAAAAUUUAUUCCCACAACCAGACAUCAGCAAACCUCCGGACUUCUUGAAGGGCCCAAUUCCAGAGGGACAUGGCUAGGAAUGGACAUAUACGAUUAUGAUUAUCCGAAGACCGAUCACCAAAUGUCUAAUGAAAAAGGCGAUGAAGCAGAGCCAAAGCGUCAACCACGGAUUCUGUGCAACUUUGAGGGAGAGACAUUGGCAAAAAACGAACUUGGGUUUUUGACUAGACUCAUAAGACCAGAACAUUUUGAAAGAGUUCAAGAACGUGCUCAGGAAUCAGAAUCAGUCCAGGCUAACAGCAUACCACUUGAUUGUGAGUUGAAUCAAACUUCUCACGAAAAGGUUCAAAGCAGCAGUGCCCAAUACAAAGAGACCAUACAAAUCGUGCGAAGAAACAGUUUCUGA